AGCAUCAAGCAAUGAUAUACAAGUACUUGGUGGCAGGUCUUCCUGUGCCACCUGAUCUUGUUGUUCCUAUUCGUCGUAGCUUUGAAGCCAUCUCAGCUAGGUUCUUUCAUCAUCCCAGCUUGGGCUAUUGUUCCUAUUAUGGGAAGAAAUUUGAUCCUGAGCCAGGAAGGUGUAGAAGGACUGAUGGAAAGAAGUGGAGAUGCUCAAAAGAUGCAUAUCCUGACUCCAAAUAUUGUGAGCGGCAUAUGCAUCGAGGCCGCAACCGUUCAAGAAAGCCUGUGGAAUCUCAAUCUACUUCCCAGUCCUUGUCGACUAGUAUGUCACAAAUUACAACUGGGAGCAGCAAUACAAGAGGAAGUUUCCAAAAUAGCAGCAGUGGAAGCUUCCAAAACAUGCCAUUAUAUUCUGUUGCUAAUUCAGGGAAUUAUGGAAGCACUGCAACAAAGCUGCAGAUGGAGCCUGUCUCCUAUGGAAUAGAUAACAAGGACUAUAGGUAUCUCCAUGGAAUUACUCCUGAUGCUGAUGAGCACAAUUUAUCUUCAGAGGCUUCUGCUACUGUCAGAAGUUUAGGGAUGGGGACCAACACAGACAGUACCUGGGUAUUGCCUUCUCAAGUUUCUUCAAGCCCCAUGGCGAGAUCAAAAAAUGAUUCUCAGCUGCUGGGUAGCUCAACAGAGAUGCAUCUACCUAAUCUACUUGAGCCUAUGAUUGAUGCAACAAUUUCAAAACGACGACACCAGCAUUGCUUCUUUGGCAGUGACAUUGAUUCACCUGGAACAGUAAAGGAGGAGCAGCAUUCAAUGCGCCCUUUCUUUAACGAAUGGCCCACUGCUAAAGAAUCGUGGUCCAACCUCGACGAUGAGGGAUCCAACAAAAACAAUUUCUCCACAACACAGCUCUCCAUAUCCAUUCCAAUUGCUCCUUCCAACUUCUCUUCAAGGAGUGCUUGCUCCCCAAAUGAUACUUGAGGGAAGCUGCCGCUGUAUAAACUCCAAGCAGUUUGGUGCUAUGCAGAAGAACAGACAGGCUAGCGCUAAUCCGACAUCUGCUUGUAUGAGCUAUAUAUAAGUAACCUUUAUGUUCCUGGAACAUUGAGUUGUUCUACGUCUUUGUGGUUGAUUGUCUAAUGUCAACAAUGUUUUAAGAAGAAAAAAAAUUAGUUUUCUUCGAAUGCUGCUCAUGUUUAUUGUCGAAAAUAAAUGUGUUUUACCAGCCAUUCUGCUGGGGUGAGAUGAUUACUCUGUGAUUUAAGUUGUAGAUUUGAUUUCUUUAGGUGUAUUGGUGCGAUUUUAUAUCGUUUACUCGAAGAAACUUUGUUACAGUCUCCA